GCAGCCAUGGCGGGAGGAAUCAAAGUGGCGGGCUGGUCGGCGGUUGGUCCGUGGCCCCGGUGCGGGGGCCCGGGGGGCCGCGGGGCCGCGUGGCUGGUCUUCGUCCUCUUCGGCUGCGUGGUCUGCGGCUCAGCUGGAAUUGAUGUGAAUGUGGUCAUGCUUCAGGAAUCCCAAGUUGAUAUGAAUUCCAGUCAACAAUUCUGUUAUAAAAAUGUGCUUAUCCCAAAGUGGUAUGAUAUAUGGACACGGAUACAGGUCCGGGUAAAUAGCUCCAAACUGGUCCGAGUCACCCAGGUGGACAGUGAGGAGAAGCUGAGAGAGCUAGAGCAGUUUAGUAUUUGGAACUUUUUUUCUUCCUUUUUAAAAGAGAAAUUGAAUGACACCUAUGUUAACGUGGGUCUGUACAGCACAAAAACCUGCCUCAAAGUUGAGAUUGUAGAGAAGGACACCAAAUACAGUGUCAUUGUGACCCGGAGAUUUGACCCCAAAAUUUUCCUUGUUUUCUUCCUUGGACUUACACUAUUUUUUUGUGGAGACUUGUUGAGCAGGAGUCAAAUUUUCUAUUAUUCCACUGGAGUGAGCGUGGGGAUUGUGGCCUCUCUGUUAAUCAUCAUUUUUAUGCUCUCCAAGUUUAUGCCCAAGAGAAGUCCCAUUUACGUCAUCCUGGUAGGAGGCUGGUCCUUUUCUCUGUACCUCAUUCAGCUAGUUUUUAAGAAUUUACAAGAGAUAUGGAGGUGUUAUUGGCAUUAUCUUCUAAGCUACGUCCUCACAGUCGGAUUCAUGAGUUUCGCCGUGUGCUACAAGUAUGGGCCCCUGGAGAACGAGCGAAGCAUCAACCUGCUGACCUGGACACUGCAGCUGCUGGGCCUGGGCUUCAUGUACGCCAGCAUUCAGAUACCACAUGUUGCUUUUGCCCUCAUUAUCAUUGCCCUGUGCACUAAGAACCUGGAGUACCCUGUUCAUUGGCUGUACACCACCUACAGAAAGAUGUAUAAGGCAACAGCAAAGCCCGUCCCCCCUCGCCUCCUGACAGAAGAGGAGUAUCGGAUACAAGGGGAGGUGGAGACCCAGAGGGCUCUGCAGGAACUCCGAGAGUUUUGUAAUAGUCCAGAGUGUUCUGCCUGGAAGACUAUAUCUCGGAUUCAGUCUCCAAAAAGAUUUGCUGACUUUGUGGAAGGUUCUUUUCACCUCACACCAAAUGAAGUUUCUGUUCAUGAGCAGGAGUAUGGAUUAGGGAGCAUAAUUGCCCAGGAUGAGGAGCUGUCCUCAGAGGAGGAGGGCUCAGAGUACCCCGCUGUCACCCAGAACAGCUUCCUGACUUAGAUGGGGGAAUCCGUUAUUGUCACAUAAACUAGUAUGGUACCUUGGCGGUCCAUGUGCAAGUGCUGUGUGGUUUCUCGGGCUUUCAUAACGGCCUGAAGAGGGUGCAGAAGCUCUCCUGCCGACAUGCGAGGUUCUCCACGGGACCCCUGAGGGCAGAGUGGAGGAAGAAGUGAAUGCCGUGGUAGCUGCCUAUGACAACUGAGCUAUUGGCCCACUUGCUGUUCCUGAAGAAACUGGUUGGCCACAGCCAGCAUGAUAUUCUAGCUCCUGUUUGAAAGUUCACUGAUGAUGGCAUUUCUGACUCUGAUGAGCUCACAGAAAUAAGGACUAAGUGCAGUAGUGCAUUCAGAUCAUAGGCUGCACCUUCUAAAGAGAAAUGUACAAAUCUGAGCCAUUCUUACUUCUGUUGGCUUAUACUCCAGUGAACCAUUAGACUAAUCCUUGAUUCAACUCUUGAAGGAAAGAUAGAUAGUUGUCCAUCCUGUUUUUUAAACUUUUUUUUAAAUGCAGCAAAUUUAUGUUUUAGAACCAAUAAGUGCUCCAGAGUGACAGAUGCUAUCGACCCCAGAUAUUUAUUGGUAUAGAUAUCCAUGAAAGCCCCUGGAGCUGCUGUAUUGAACCUUGAAUUCUCGGAAACUGAUAUUCUGAGUUUUACUUACAUUUAGAAAACCGUCUGCUGGCCCUUCUGUAGGUUUGGUUUCCUAAGCUUUUUAUUCUGUUUGCCCUCUGCGAUUUUCUCUUGCUUUUUCUCACCACUCCCUUUUCUGCCCAGGCAGGCUCUGUCCCCUUCCUUCCCUGUGGACUGUGUACAGUUCAGGAUUCGUCUCAGUUUUUCUUUGCUUCCUUUUGUUCUCCACUCCCUCUCUUUCCCUUCCUAACAUGGAGUUCCCUCUGCUUCUGACCAUUUCGUUUAUAAAUUUUCUUUCUGGGCCAGGGUCUUGCUGUGUGACUCAGCUGCUCUUAAACUCACAGUCCUUUUACCUCAGCUUUCAGUGCUAGGAUCUUAAGCCUAUGCUGCCAUGCCAAACUUUUUUCAAGUCAGGGUUUCUCUGUGUAGCCCUAGCUGUCCUGGAACUCAUUCUGUAGACCAGGCUGGCCUUGAACUCACAGAGAUCUGCCUGCCUCUGCCUCCCAAGUGUUAGGAUCCAAGGUGUGUGCCACCACACCUGGUAUGCCAAACUUCUUAUCUUGAUUUUAUAUAUCCUUUUUAUCUUGGUUCCUACAUUAUAGCUAGGAAGAGAAGUCUUGUUUACUUCUUUUCCCCCAUCUGAUCACAUAUCUUUGAGUUACUACAUAGUCAAGAUACUAUCCCAGGGCUGGAGAUGUAGCUCAGUGGUAGAGCACUUACUGACUCAGCAUGCAAGGCCCUGGUAGAACUUUAGCACCACAAUAAAACAAAACCAAUCUUAUCUCCUUGUCCCUGUCUCAUAUUAUAUACCCAUUCUGUUCAUUUAGCCUUCUCACCACCUGCAUGGUUCCAGAUCUGGUAAUUUGCAAUUCCUGAAACCAUCUAUUAAGUUUUUUUAUAUACAGUUUUAGUUAUGUAGCUGCCACAACUUUGCUUGGCAGAUAAAGACUGUAAGGUGAUCUUCCUGCCUUUGACACUCAUUUAGUUGUCAGCAUCAGACACAUUCCCCAGUUCCAUUUCUGAUGGAGAUGCUGCCUCUUUCCUUAGUUUAGUGACCUCAGCUUCACAAUCCCUUGCCAUUGAAGCUAGCGGUAUCACUUAUGAGGGAGCAGACUCCCAAGUUUCUGCCGUUUGCUUGGUUCUUUCAUUGUGAUCUUCACCAUCACAUUGGAAGAAGUGUGUAGCUUUUGUGAUUCCUUCAGCCAGGAAGGUAGGUGCUCACUCAGACAGCAUCAGACUGGUUGUAUUAGGAUCGUCAAGAAGGAAGAUGGUGUCUUCAGAUCUGCUGUCAGCAUCUUGUUUUGAAAGACCCUAGGCUCUACUGCUGGCAUCCAAAAUGCCGGCAAAGUGGCCAGUGAGUUCUUUCAACCAGUGUUCCCCAUAGCCUUAAGUUGUCCUAAAGUGACAACUGCUUCAACUGGUAGGAGUGAAACAGGAGAAACAGAAAGCCAGCAGUUGUGAGCAGGUGCCACGGGUUCAAGCGGUUGAGUACAAGAUGUCUUUGUGAAUUACAAAUAUGGUAAAAGUCUGUCCCUAAGCUUCGGAAGAGGCGGGGAUGAAGCUCAGAAGCAGGACGUGCUUGUCUGGCAGGCAAAAGCUGGUGUUCAGUUCCUGGCAUCACAAAAAAAACCCACCAGUAGCAACAAAGCCUUCCAAAACACUAUUUUGGAACCUCCUUUGUAGAAAUUGAUACCCUACUUACUGUACAGGUAGUGUUCAGUCCUGGGAGCCCUUGGUGCCUUUUCCUACAUCGCUCCCUGUGAAUGGCAGCUUGCUAAAGGGGAGAGCUGACUUAGAUGUUUAUUUUAAUGAAAAAUCACUGUGAAUGACUUUAUUCUUCUGUGUGGUGAGCUCCCCGUGAAAUACGAAUUUCAUUUCAAGGCCGUGUGCUUUUUACCUGUAUUUGAAGCUCUUUUUCUUUCCCCACCUGGGGAUCUGAGUGGUGUGGGAGCUGUUCUCAGACAGUGAAGGACGGUGCUGCUGUUGUGUGCUGUUUAUCCUUGCCCUGCCUGCCUGUGUGUCUGUCUGGAUGCUUCUGAGCCUCUGCAUGCCCAGAGGCUGCUUGAUGGAUCUCAGCCUCAUUGUUCAGACCGAUCUCGUCGGGGAUUGAAGGAAGGACUGGGGUGAGCUGGACACUGGAGCCUUGUCUGCUGCCAUGUCAGCAUCUUUGCUCAGCAGCUCUCAAGCCAUGAGUUAAUUCCUGGACUCAGGGUCUCAUUAUUGGAAAUCUAUUGCUUCUAAUCAGUCUGGCCUGAGUUUAUAGAACAUGGCUCCAAUUAAUGGGAACACAAGAGGCAGUUGGCAUAAAACUUUACAGUACCUCUUUCCUCAGAACAUAAUGACCAAAGCCAAGAAAAAUUGAGCAACUUUGAUAACUUUGUUACCUUGAAAUGUAACAUUCUUGUUAUAUCAACAGUGGUUAUUUUGCUGAUGAUGGCUCUUUGGGUCCCACUGUUCUGUUUUACCAUAUUACAUCCUAUCCUAGGGCAUAGCCCUUUAUUAAUCAAUUGUGUUCUCUCUAGCCACCCCUCUUGGCACAGGUGAUGGAGGUUUGAUGAAUGAAAGGACCCAAAUAGGCCAGGGAAUACCCCUAGACCUUGAUAGUCAUGAAG